AUGCGUUAUACACAUACUACUAACGCUAACAGCGACUUAGAGUUUAAGGAUAAGGCUAAAGAAAUGCUAGAUCUCAAUCCUAUAAAUAUUAUAGGUGCCGAGACCAACCUAUGUCCUAUUAGUUCGCUCGAUCUACCUACAAAGUAUAAUAAUAAAGAGGAUAAGGAUUUUAGGCCUAGGCGAAGCUUUAGAAGGCUAUGGUUAAGAAGAUUAAGUCUGCUUAGGCGGAAGAGGUUCGCUCUGCUAGUAGGGCUAGUUGGUCUGCUGCUAGAGAGGAAGGCUGCUUGCCGCGCUGCUGCUGCGCAGGCUUCUUAUGGAUCUGGUGAUGGUUUGGCUAAUAAUAGUAGUUCUUCUGCCUCUAAUGCUGCUGCUGAUGGCCCUUCGAAUAGUAGCAAUGCUGUAUAA